GUACAUUCAAAACUAUUAUGUUAGUUUGAUGUGUGCGUUACAGCUCGGGAUUUUGACAGAACUUGAGAAGAGCGCAGAAGGGAUAGCAAAUAAUUUAGACUCAUUGCUUCGUUCAUUAACGUCUACAUUAAACCAGAUGUCAAGUCUUACCUUGGACUGUACAACUGUAUUUUCAGAUUCCGUGGAUUACGCUUGUGAAACUAUCGGUGCAUGUAUAAAGGUUAGUUUGUUGAUAAAUGGCGAGUUGACAUCGGUAGUUUGAAAAUGUACGGCCAUUACUAGCCAUAAUUUUUCAGUGUCUGUACUACCACAUUUAAGGUUGGUUUAGGUUUCUAUGAAUAUCCUCACUAAGGGCUCUUUGUUUAUAUAAAGUCGAAAUCUUGAAUAACAGUUAUCUAGUUGAGUACAUUAUUUAUUUAUUUGUACACAUAUAUAUGUAUACGACAUUUUUGGCAUAGCUUCAGCAUGAACGUUGACAUGCUUCAGUGAAUGCUCCGUUUUAUCAUUUAUUGCCUGCUCUCACGUUUAAAUAGUGACUCAUUCUACUGAUUCGACAGAAACCGUUUUAUGAAAUAAGUAUAGUGUGGAAUGAUCAACAUACUCAACCACUGUGCCUUUCUUAUCUUUGAAAGUUUACUUGACCAGAAAUGGGUCAUAAUUUUAUUUUCACAAGUGUGAUUUUAAGGUAUCUCACGGUGGACUGGUACAUUUCUAAAAUUUAAUAUGAAAAAUAACCCUAGUGUAUUGCUAUGAUUAACGCUCUUAUAAGUACUGGGCAACUUUACGCAAUACUCUUAAUGAUCUUGGUUCGGAUUAGAGACCACUAAUCCCAACUGUAGAUGUACAGUAGUUCAUGCAUUAUGGUCCGCUUGUAAACAAUAAUUUUACUAACAACACCAUCUUAAUAUGAAUUUAGCACAAAUCCCCAGUGCAUUCUAAAACUAUAAGGUUCAACGAUGUAGGAAGUUUCAAUAGUUUGAGAAAACAGGGAUUCCCUUGUCAUUAUAGCAAUCAACCAGUUAAAGUAAAGCCUUGUAUACUUUGAUUAACGUAAGAUGUAUUAUUUGUAUCUGAAAUACUUAACUAUUGUUGGAAUAUUUUCAGAACUUUUGUUUCCCCCUUAGUCCACUUAUGUUUUGAUGGCCAAGUGCGAAGAAUUAUCCAAAUCUAUGUCUCAGCUGGAACCGUUAAAAAAAGAAAUGUGAGUUCCCUAUAUCUUUCUUCAGAUUGCCUUAAACAUGUGUACAUAUAUCACUAAUAACUCUUGUCACUCCGAUUAUUCAGUCAUCAUUGUAUGUUAUUUGAUAUAAUGAUUUUUUAACUCGCCUGUAGUAUAAAGAGUGGAUAUACUAAGAUGAUUCAAUCGGGCGAGCUUGGAAUACUCUGUUCUUGAAUAUCCUAUGAAAAUUAUUAAACUGCUAAAUUUCGGUGAGUACUUAGCUGUACUGAGUCUCUUCACUAAGUGCCCAUAGUACAAACCUCACAGAAGCAAAAACCACUUUGAAUUUCAUUUUUCAUUUCACGCUGACCAAACGUUAUCCUAAACAGGUUUUCAAAUCACUCUAUCGAUAUAAAGUCGAAUCUAAUGUCAAGUCACUGAAAAGAUAUGCUGUGAACAAAAUCAAAAUACUUCAAGUACAUAUCACUAAAUUAGAUUAUAUGCUAUUGACAGUGUUCUUAGAAAUCUUAAGGAUCGAGUUAUGACUUAUGCUUCAGAAGUGCAGCAAACAAGAAGGAACAAAAAUUCAAUGCUUUCAAAGGAUUAGUUUAAAAAUCUACUAAUCCAGACACAAGACUUGGUAGCUUCAAGUAAGCUCAAAAUAGAAGAAUUUAAGAUGACAUUAAUUGACUACUGUAACCAAUUUAGAAGCAGCAAACACAACAUGAAGAGGACAUUGACUAGGAAACCUCGAGAAGCCACCCAGAAAACAGAUCGAGUAAAAAUUUAAUAAUAAUGAAACUAGAUAAAGGAUCAGGUGUUGCAAUUUUAAACAUGACUGAUUCUAUAGAUAAAUUGGUCUUCUGUUUGAUGAUCAAACUAAAUGUCAUAAACUAGGAUUACGUAAAGGCCUGGCAGAAAAGAUGGAACAUCAACCAAUUUCAUCGUUAAAAUCUGUAGAACAACAACAAUUUAUUUCUCAUUCUACUUGUGACAUGCUUAAAUGUUCAGAAGCACGCACUCCACACCUUUUUGACCUAUUUAGAGUGUAAAAACGAUAAGCUCAAUUACGUCCAAUUCUGAAUUUAUCAAACACACAGUAUCACUCAACAGCAAAGUGGCUCGUGAAAUUAUUAAGACCACUACAUCGAAAGUUAGUGAAACGCAAUGUAAAAGAAGUAUUUGGAUUUGGAAAUGUAUUAAGAAAUAUUAAUCUAACGAAAAUAGCCACGUCAUCUUUGGAUAUAAUGUCUUUAUUUAUUGGUAUUUCACUGACUAAAACUAUUGAAUAUAUUUGCAAACAACUUGUAGAGAAAAACGGUGUUAUUUAUGCUAAUAGAUGAAGUGAAGAGACUUUUAUUGAAUUUGAUAAUGAGCACCCACUUCUUGCACAAAAACAAACGUUAUCGACAAAUAGAUGAAGUAGCAGUGAGAUCUCCCCUUGGUCCCAUUUUCACUAAUAUAUUUUUAGCUUAAGUGCAAAACGGCAUAUUAUGUGAUACUCUUAGUAAACCAAAAUAUCACUGCCUUUAUGUAGGUGAUGUACCAAACAUCUUCAUCUACACGGUCAAUAUACGAGGACUCUAAGAAACAUUUGAUAAUGCACGUCCAACGACUAGUCCCACAUGUGCUUUCUUCUCUAAAAGGUAGGAUGGUUCGACAUAAAGAAACGUAUUUAGAAAAAACUUGCACUAUGUUUACUUACAUAGAAUCGCAUCCAUCCAACACAAAUUAAUCUAAUUAAGUGUUCGAGUUACGGAAAAAAGUGCUAAAUAGUGUUCGCAGGGGAAAAGGGUGUUAAAUAAUUCUUAUUGGUGAAUCUUAUCAGGUGAUAUCGAUGACCGUGGUUCUCAUUCAUUACAAGUUCCUAGUACGAAAAUGAAUUAAAUUGGAUUUUUCAUCAGACAGCCUUGCUGAAUUUUACAAGAGACCUACUAACUUCAAAGCAAAUUAUUUUCUAAUCCAAAAACUUGCCAGUCCAAAUAUCCUUUGCCGAUACUAUAACCAAAUAUGAAAUGUUUUGGCAAAUAUCCUAUUUGUGUAAUAUGUUAUUUUGUCUUUCUCUCCUUAUCUUAGAGAAGGUUUGAAACGAACUCUAAGUAAAUUUGAGGAGGCAUUAAGAACACCAUUGAAGUAGUUAAAUAGUGAAACUUAUCCUAGGAGAUACUUUUCCAUCUUCGUUUUGUAAAAUUGUGGAACAUCAUUAUUUCUUCAUGUACAUAACAUGUAUAGCACCUCGCUUUAUUAAUACAUUCCUACUUACCGCAGUUAUUUUGUUUGAGUAAUAUGUAUUUGUUGUUAUUACUAUGUUUUUGAUUAUUAAACAUUGUUAUUUUUAACCCCGGUCUAAUUAAAGUCACCAUACUUGACUUUAAAAACUGGCAAAAAUGAUCAAAA